AUGUCCGACAUAGAAGAAGAAUGGAAGCCUACUGGACGGCCUCAAUCAACUAUGGCCCGCUCCCUUGCUGCUGCCCUUGAUAACGCCUUCAUGCUGGACAGUGAGGUCGACAGCCUGACACAAUCUGUUCACUAUAAGCAACAAAUGGUCACGAUUCAAAACCGCGAGCUGGAGGCCCUGGAAGCAAGAAUCCGGGAAGCUGAAAUGCGCCUAAAAGAAUCAAGUUCCCGAUCUGCCUCCCCGGAGGAACAAGCUUCCAAUAAUAACGCACAAAACGGCUCGGAUAGAAGAGAGGGCGACAUGGCAGGGCCAUUCCCAUCAGGCCAGGAUGCGGAGAAAAGACAUGCAGCUUCGUCCAGCGAUGCCAACGAUAGCACAAAUCGCGGCGACGGUCCCACCAGAGACGACACGAAAGAGAGGGAAAAGAGCGUAGAUCGAAAUUCGUAA